GUGUAAUUUCAUUUGUUGCUGAAGUUGAAGACCAACAGCAGUCUCGGCAUAACAGCUCACCAGAGAAGACAGAUGGUGAACAGGCCCUUCUGAAAUUGUCAGCAGAGACACCACAAACUGUUGAUGCAGCACACACGGACUUGGAACAGCUUGAUUCCCCAAAUAAACUAACAUUUUGUUUUGAAACAAUUCAGAUGCAGCAAUGCUCCCAGGACCUAUGGCCCACAUGGAAUUUUGUGGGCAUGGAUACCAUUGGAAUUCAUAUUCCCAUCAGUAAUCCCUCAGAUAAAAUUCUCAAGCUGAAUGUGGUGCUGGCGAAUCAGUCACUUCAUGGACAAAACACUUUCACUCUUAGUCCCAGACAAACAUUUUUGUAUGAACUUAAGUUUUCCCCAGUUGUUGUUGGCACUUCAGAUGAAAAUGUCAUAUUCCUGUCAGAUAUGAUUGAAGAGUUCUGGUAUGCACUGAAGUUGAUUGUAGACAAACCAUUGCCAACUAAUAUACCUGAAAUAGAAUGUGAGCUUGGAAAAUGUUCUCGUCUAUACAUACCUCUCUUUAAUCCUACCCAAGAAACUCUGGAGCUAGAAUUUGUUAACAGCAAUCCUAGCAAUUUUUCAAUUGAGACUGAUCCAAAACACCCUGUGAUUGUUGCUCCUCAUUCCACCACUGAAGUACCUGUGCAAUUCUGCCCAUCUGCCCUUGGAAGAGGCAAUCACAAGGCAUCAAUAACCUUCAGCUGUUCACAGCUUACAGAGUGGAUAUUUAACCUUUCCGGGACUGGUCUUCCUCCUCAGCUAAUGGAACCAACCAGCAUAAGUGCAUGCAUUGGCCAGCGAUCUUCUGGCAUGAUAUCCUUCAAAAAUCCAACUCCUGAAAACGUGGUGGUGGAUGUCAUGCUGACAGGAAUCCGAUUAGCUCCAAAACAAAAGCUGAACAUCCCAGUGUUAUUCAUGCCAGAUACAAUGAAAACUUAUGAGGCGGUAGUGGUAAUUCAUGUAAUGAGGGAAAAUGGUGAAAACUGGCCAUAUGAGGAUUCUGCUGAAUUAAAUAAAGACUUAAAGAGUGUUACUGUAGCAGAGAAUGGGGGAAUUAAGGGAAUACUCUGGAUCUAUCCAGUUCAUGGAUUACCUGAAGCACCACAGCAGAAAUUAAUUCCAACUGUGGUACGCUGUCAAGCCAGGCAGAGAGUAGAAAGACGAGUAGAAUUGCUGCUGACUGGUGUACCUCCUGGUGCAACUGCUAUGCCUGCUGCAAGGAAUUCUGCUAUGGUCAAUACAAAUAAGCCAGCCAAUAUCCAAGAAAAUAUUCAAGUCCCUGAUG